CGAAUUGAUCUGCAACCACGAAUUUAUUUCUCAUUUAUGAUUUUACUCUAAUUGUGGCAGUCACGAGCAUCUCUCACGUACACAUACGGUUUGAAGGUGCAAGUGUAAAUGUGUUUUUUGUUGAGGGGAAGCGUUUUGGCAUUGUGGAUAUAAUCAACCACAAAGCUUUCCAUCUUAAAAUAUAUAGGCUAAGCUUUAUUUGAUAAUGCCACGCGUUUAAUUAAUCUAUCGGGUUAAAGUUAGAUACUUUUGAAUAAAAUAAGCAGUCGCGCCGAUGUUUCUGAAAUCUCUAACGUGCUACGUUGUGGGGUGGAAAUGUUGCUCAUUCAUUUGGGAUGCAGCCGGAAUGGGUGACAAGGUUCAGUUUUCACUAAAUGGGAUUUUCACAGGAGCCGAGACCGCUUUUAUACAUUUUUUGCCUCAUGUUUUUUUUUGCCUCCGCCAUUUUAACUGAAAUGUAUUUUUUGAGUGUGUGUGUGUGUACUUAGGCUUUUUACGCACAAGCUUCAGUCCCCAUCAUUGCCUUGAUUUUCGGAGGUAAUGGAUGGCAGUUAAAAAGUCACAAGGGGUCAUGGCUGUUGAUGGAGAAAGGCUCUGCCUCUGUCGUCAUUAUGUAAAUGGCACCAUUAAAAGUUACUUAUUCUUUCUUUUUUUUUAAAGUUGGAAUUAUCCCCAAGUAUUUUUCUUGGUAGUUUUAUAUUUGAUGAAUCUUAAUCCAUUAUGUUUCAGAGCUAUUUUAGGAAACCGUUGAAGGCAGCAGGAGGUAUACAUGGAGAGAAAAAAGGCUCUGUGGUCAUAUAAUCUAAAAACGUUGGUCAUCAAAAACACUGAUUUUGAGCGCUCCGGAGUAACGUUAUGAGUGCCAAAGUGAACAUGGAGGCUCCACCCAAAGAACCCGAUCGCACACCUUUGGACCCGUCCUCCUCGUCCCCCAGCGAGGCCGUCCUUGUCUGUGGGAGUGAUGGUGUGGCCAAGAAGGCUCGGCCCCAACCCCACACCACUACGGCUUUCCUCCUACCAGCUCCUGCUGCCGGCCAUCAGAAGCUGGAGGUGACUCCUGUUGCCAUCGGAGACCCAGGUAAAGGAGGCAGGGCCAAUGAGACAGCCCCACCCACCCUGACAGCACAGGUGGGCGGGGCUUGUAGCAUCGUCCACGUUCUAGAGUGGAAGGAGGGGAUGGCUAUCCUGCCCAACAGCAACCUCAAGUUCUGUGUGAGUGACGUGGGAACACUGAGCACACUGAUCGCCCCAGGGACCACCAGCAGCACCGCUGCACCAGCAGUCGGGACUUCUGAGAGAUCCGCUGACGCAGAAAUUGCUCUAGCAGACAAGCCAGAUGUGUCAGCCCCUGUCGGCUCUGCGAGAGGUGCAGCUGUGGAGCCAGAGAGGUUGGUGCCAGUCAAACCUGAAGUCCUGGUUGGACUGGGACAACUGAUCCAUGAUCCCAGAGUUCAGCGGACCUACACAGAGGAGUUACGCCGAGAGGCCAUCACUGACAAGAGGAGUGUCGGGAUAGAGAAGGUGCCAGCAGGUGGGAGGGUCUCCUCCCUUAACCCCGAUCACCUGAAGCCCAUGAGGAAAAGGAAGAGGAAGGAAUACCUGAGUCCCUCUGAGGAAGACUCUGACAUCGAAGGCACGGAUGAGAAAAUUGAUGAUUCUAAAGCAGACUGCAGACACAUCAGAGGAGCUGGAGACAGUAAGACAGAGCUGUGGACGUGGGCUCAAUAUCUGGAGGAAACCAAAGCUGUUGCUGCGCCCAACAAGCUUUUCCAAGAGACCCAGAGAGUGCCAACAGUGAAGAAUGGUUUUAAGCAGGGGAUGAAGCUGGAGGGCAUAGACCCGCAGCAUCCGUCCAUGUACUUCGUUCUCACUGUGGCCGAGGUGUGUGGAUACCGGCUGCGGCUUCAUUUUGACGGCUACUCUGACUGCCAUGACUUCUGGGUGAAUGCCAACUCUCCUGACAUCCACCCUACAGGAUGGUGUGAGAGCACAGGACACAAACUGCACACUCCCAAAGGCUGUAAAGAGGAAGAGUUUACCUGGACCAACUACCUGAAAAUGACUAAAGCACAAGUGGCGUCCAAAGAACUCUUUGCCAGUCCUGGGAGGAUCGAUGUGAAGUGCAGUUUCGAGAUAGGAAUGAAGCUGGAGGCCGUCGACCGUAUGAACCCCUCCCUCAUCUGUGUAGCAACCGUCACUGACGUUGUGGACGACCGCUUCCUGGUUCAUUUUGACAACUGGGAUGACACAUACGACUACUGGUGUGAUUCCAGCAGUCCGUACAUUCACCCUAUUGGCUGGUGCCAGGAGAGGGACCUCCCCCUAACACCACCCCAAGAUUACCCAGACCAGGGCCAGUUCUCCUGGUCUAAGUACCUGGAGGAGACUGGUUCCAAGGCGGUGGCCGCUGAUGCCUUUAAAGUGCGUGCGGCACACAGCUUCCAGCCUCAGAUGAAACUGGAGGCUGUGGACAAGAGAAGUCCUGGUCUGAUCAGAGUGGCUACAGUGGAGGAAGUCGAGACUCAUCGCAUUAAGGUCCAUUAUGACGGCUGGAGUCAUGUCUAUGAUGAGUGGAUGGACUCAGAUCACCCCGACAUCCACCCAGCAGGCUGGUGUGAGGCGACUAAUCACCCGCUCAAAGUUCCCCCACGGGAGGCCAAAACACUGCAGCCCCAUGGUAGCAACCAGCACUUCAGUCAAAACUGUGUGAGGGAUCCUCCUGCUAUAGGCCAGUCCACCUACCCCUCCUCUGUUCCCUGUAAACCCAUCAGCCACCCCAGAGCCAACAAGUACAGCUUCCACAACAGGAAGUGUCCAACUCCUGGUUGUGAUGGUUCAGGCCACGUGACCGGUCGUUUUACUGCCCAUCACUGCAUAUCCGGCUGCCCAUUGGCUGAGCGUAAUCAGGGCAGGCUGAAGGCCGAGCUGUCAGACUCAGAGUGCAAGAGGACCCUCUUCUUUGGCCAGAGGACCAAGAAGACCCAUUACCGUGGCAGGAUUGGCCGUCCUCCCAAAUACAGGAAGAACCAGCAGAGGGACUACCAGGACAUGUCCUCAGAGGGUGUGUAUCCGUCACUGUUCAUGUCGGCUCUGAGCAGUCAGUCAGACAGGACUCUGUCUCUGUGCUGGGAGCAGCACUGUAAGCUGCUGCCCGGCGUUCAGGGCAUUCACGCCAGCCAGGUGGCGGCAUGGAGCGUUGAAGAGGUUUUCAUGUUUGUCCAGAAUCUAAUCGGCUGUGAAGACCAGGCUCGUCUCUUCAAAGAAGAGAUGAUUGACGGUGAGGCCUUCCUGCUGCUGACCCAGACCGACAUUGUGAAGAUAAUGAGCAUCAAGCUAGGCCCCGCCCUCAAGAUCUCCAAUGCCAUUCUCAUGUUCAAGAGCACAGACGAGGUACUCAAGUGAUCCUGCCCUCACCUGACCGGGGCCGUCAAGCUGCCGAUCAUCAUGUGCCAAAUUCAUUCUGUUGUAGGGAAAAGACCCUGACCACUUUUUCAUGUGUUUGGUGUCCUGUACCCAUCAGAGAGAGGGAGGGAGGGAAGGAGGGGGUGGGGGGGGUUGCUGAUGUCCGAUCAGGGUUAGGGGGGAAAUAAAGUAGAGACUGGAAGAAGGGAAAUAAGAAAAUGCUGAUAUUUUUAAAGAGUAAUGUCAUAAAGAUGAUGGACAAAUUGGUGUGGAGGGUAGCUAGAAGGACAGUGAUGAAGGUGAGCUGGAACAUCAGAAGUUUUUAGUUUGGUGGUUUUCACAUCAUCUGAUCUGCAGAUCUUACAUCUCGGCCAGUCUAUGGUAUGUUUAGCUAGUACGUAUAUUUCCAACCACCUUUUUUUAAUGCUGAGUUUUAGUUUGUGCAUUAAAAGCCUGAGUGGAAAUAGUAAAACAAAGAUCACAUUUUGCAAAAAGGUUUCUACACUCACCUGAGGUCUGUAAGGUUCUGUAUCAAUACAGAGAAGGUGCGCUGAAGGCUGAUGGAAACAGAUUUUUUUGAAUAUCUGUUGUGUUACCUUCUGGUUCUUUGUCGGCGUGGCAUCGGCAUCUUGCUGCCACUCACAGCCAUACAGGAGAUACUAGUACUAUUUGUACUUUUACUUCCUGAAUGCGAAUCGUUGCUAUUGAUGCAAGCCUUAACACAGGUCAGUUGAAGCUGUACCCAUCACCUGGCAGAGGAGAAAAAAAAAAAAGGGGGGCGGGGGCAAAAAGAGGAGUUAAUGCAGUAGACAAGGCUGGUCAGUGAGGCUACUACAAGCCUCACGUUUUGUGCAAUAAAAAAAAGUCGAAGCAGACGUACUGUAUUCUGUAACACAUAUUUCAGCUCCUUUAUGUUAUCAGGAUAAAAUGAAAAUUAAAGGUUGGAGAAAGGUUUACGUUUGUGGCAAAUGAACAACUUAACACAGAGAGAAAGCCAUUUGUGUUUAAAUUUUCCACACUACUUUCUCACUGCACUGUUAAUGUGACCUGUAAGUGAUACAGGAGCUGGAAUUUAAAAUGUUACCAUCUUAUAUAGAAUCUGAGUCAGAGAACAGAAACAACACAGUGUUUUCAGUUUUUAUAUCUAUAAUAAUUUUUUAAGUCUUUAAGUCUUAAUAGAUGAAAAGGACAUUUUGCAUUGGCGUUUUAGCACAACUGUGAAACCCAAAUGGAUUUUACACAAUGAUGUUCCUACACUUGGUCACUAGAGAGUGCAAAUAUCCACGUUUUAGCACUAUAAACAUGGAUUUCGAAUCGACUCAAUGGAGCUCUUUGCAGUUUACGUGGGAUGGAAACAACAUUCAGAGUGUGUUCUUCGAAAUGUUUACAUUAUAUGUCAGAAUUAGUUAAAAAAAAAACACUGUAAAGAUUUGAUAUUGUGAAUGAAAGUUAUUUUACUGACUGGUGUUUUAAGGGCUCUUGGAAUCUUACUUCUUUGUUUGUCUCUCUGGUGGGAUGUGUGUGUGUGUGUGUGUGUGUGUGUGUGUGUGUGUGUGUGUGUGUGUGUGUGUGUGUGUGUGUGUGUGUGUGUGUGUGUGUGUGUGUGUGUGUGUGUGUGUGUGUGUGUGUGUGUGUGUGUGUGUGUGUGUGUGUGUGUGUGUGUGUGUGUGUGUGUGUGUGUGUAAUCUUGGGUCACAAAUGUCAUUCAAUCCAUUGGAAUUAAUAAACAUCCAAAACUGUCUUGUCUGAUUAAA